CCCUGCCCGGAGCCUGGUCAGGGCGCGUGAGUUGGCAUCUCAGAGUCGCACCCACCUUCUCCUCCAGCCCGCCCAAUAGGAGCCCGGGGCUGAGCUCACGUGACGGAACCUUUGGUCCUGGCGACGUCGCUUCGGCCUGGCUGGUGGCGGACUCGGAGCUCCGCACUCAGCUGCCGCCGCCGCCAUGCAGUGUGGCGGGCUGACGGGUGUCCGGCCGGCCACCCCGGAGACGCAGCAGAUCCUCGAUGAGAGACUCUCUACUGGUCUACCUCCUCCCUUCUUCUGGACCACAGAACCACUUCUCAUGUGAGCUCCCCUCCCUCCUGGUGAUGCCCAUCAGUCACAUGCUCUUGGAACAGGAAUUUCCUUUUCUGAGCUGGAUUGUGUAUAUGCUCCUUGCUUGUGUUCCUGCACAGCAGAGAGGUGGAGGAAUACAUAGCCAUACACCCAAAGGAGGUGAGACCAGCUGUAUUGAGCUGGGGUUGAGGCACUACAAGGCUGCAUUACUGGUGAAGCUUCAGGUGGAAGAAAAAGAAGGGAAGAAAUUUGAGGUCUUCACUGCUGUGGAGUUUAAAACUCAGCUGGUUGCUGGAAUAAACUACUUCAUCAAGGUCCAUGUUGGCAAUGAGGAGUUCUUGCACUUGCGAGUGUUCAAAAGCCUUCCUCAUGAGAACAAACCUCUGAGCCUCUCCAGUUAUCAGAGCAACAAGACUAAGCAUGAUGAGCUGACUUACUUUUAGAGGCUAUUCCAAAGAGCCCCUCUCAAAUUUUUUUUAUAGGCUACAAAGUGAUGUUUCCGAUACCAAUGAAUAGACUGAGAGUGCAUUUAAAAAUCUUGUCUGAAAAAUCAAUUCCUUUUCUAGAGUUCCCUCCCUCCUCAGUAUCCCAAAGAAGGGACCUGGUUCUCCUCUCAUUUACACUAGUGUAAAACAGGCAUAGUUCCAUUGAAAUCAAUGGUUUUACGCCAGCGUAAAUUCCAUGUAAGUGACUAGAGAAUCAUGCCCAUAGAAUCUGUUGUGAGCUAAAGAGAAAAGGGAGUGUAACCAGUACAACUGUGACAUAGAGUAGUAUAAGAAUUAGAAUUUCUUCUAGCCCUGUUACAGAAUGGCAAUGUUAUUCAAUAAAUUGUAAAGAACAAACCCAUGUUAUUGUUAGGGAACUAGAGAUGGAGGUUUACAACACUGGAGCAAACUUGAAAAAGUGAAAAGAAAUAGGAUCAUACUCAUUUGAAAAAGAAGCACUUCCUAGGCGAUCGAAUCUAUCCCCCUGCAAGGAUAUGAUAUAGUUCCCAAUAGAGGAAACGUCAGAUCUGACAGUGCUUCUUCACCAAAAGUCCUUGUAAGGCAUUAAAACCACAUAGGCACUUCUAAGCAGAUAAUAUUUCUACGGAAGGGUGUAUUUAGCAGGAGUUUCGCUCUGUUCUCUUAGCUGUUGAAGAUGUAUGAUUGUUUUAUUUGUAAGGGCCAUCUUCCUCACAACCCCAAGAAAGGGCAAUCUCCCUGACAGACCAGCUGCCAUUGAAGUGCAGAUUAAAAGUGCUAUAUAAGA